AAAAUUAAUUAUGCUAUUCGGGAAGAAAAAGACUAAGAAGAGCAAGAAGGAUAAAAAGAGCAAGAAGGACAAAAAGAAAAAGAGAGAUAAGGAUACAUUACUUACAGAUGAAGAGCAAGCUAAUCCUUCAGACGGACUUCAGCAGCCAGAUUAUAGUAAGCCAAGGCCUAAGGGCAUCACAAGGUUCUGCAAGAUUAGGUAUUACCAGAAGUUCUUUAAUGUUUCAACUAAGGAUGUCAUAAAGAGGGUCUUCUUGGCAAUGAUGCCUUUUAACACAACGCCUAUCUUUCCGAACAAUAAGCCUGACUUGUAUGGACCCAUGUGGAUUUAUAUUUGCUUGUCGAUCUCAAUUGUUGUUUGUGGUCACUUUUCUAAUGUUAUGGAUUUUGAAUUCAUCGAAAACCAUCCUCCGAAAGCUGAAUAUGAAGCAGAAAUGAGAAAGAUCACUAAAGGAUGGGGAAUGACUUCUUUUUAUUUCUUUAUAGUCCCAUUGAUCUUACAUGGAAUAUGCUACUUCUUUGGAAGUGGGACUCCUGGAUAUCAGAGAACCCUUGCCAUUUAUGGGUAUAGUUUUGCAAUCUUUAUUCCAGCCACAGUAAUUCUUAUUCCUCCAAUGGAGUAUUUGAGGUAUGCUACACUUGGAGUAGCAGGCUUCAUCAGUCUGUUGUUCAUUAGCAAAGAGCUCAUGGAUGCAGGAAAGAGGUAUUUAGCUCAAAAAUGGGUGACUGCAUUAGCCAUAAUGUGAGCACUUCUGCACAUAUUCUUCUGAGUUAUGUUGAAGUUUUACUAUUUUGAUUAAUAACCAUCUCUCCUUGUCAA